UCCUCAACUGUUGGGGGAGGAGCUUUGUACAGUUUGUUAUGAAAGAUGUCGUUCGUAACAGGAGCGAUGAUAACUGCGUCAAAGUCGAAAGUAUUGAGCCUUGCGAGGGCGUCUUCUCUUCUGAACAACUUCAAUGUGGGCCAGUUACAGCGCCUUCCUCAAACCCGUCAGCCCCGUUACACAGCGGGGCUGCGGAGCUUCAGCAGCGCCUCAGCCCAGGAGAAGCCAGAGGUGCCUGGUUCAUCUGAAGAUAGUGUAAACCUCACUGAGUCAUGUGUGAAGAGACUAGGGGAGAUCAUGGACAAGGGCCAGUACCUGAGAAUACAUGUGGAGGGAGGAGGCUGCUCCGGGUUCCAGUACAAGUUUUCUGUUGAUAGCAACAGGAAUGAAGAUGACAGAGUGUUUGAGCAGGGAGGAGUGGGCAUCAUCGUGGACCAGGACAGCCUGGAGUAUGUGAAAGGAUCCACGGUGGACUUCAGCCAAGAGCUCAUCCGCUCCACCUUCCUAGUGCUCAAAAAUCCUCAAGCUGAUCAUGGCUGCUCCUGCGGGAGUUCCUUCUCCGUCAAAAUAUAACUCUGCUUCCCUGUGUCACCAUCACAGUACUUUUUUAUACUCUGAGUUACCUGUUUAUUAGAUGUACAAAAUUCAACAAAAUUUAUUUAAAAAAAUCACAAUAUAAUGCAUUCCAAGCACUAUGCCCUCAAAAUUUACAUAGAGAUGAAUUUUUCUGACACAGCAUCAACAAAAACAGAUUAUAAGUUUUAUAAUAUAACAGUUUUUAUAUUGGAUUACCUUUAAGACUACAGCUGCACCUAAUAAAUAAGUAACUCAGAUUAUUGUAUUAGAUUAUCUUUGAUAUUUUGAUUCAUUCAGCUCACUCAUAACUACAUCUAGUGUCAGAGUCUCACUUGCCUGAAAAAAUGCUAUUUAGGUGUGAAAUUACUUGAACUGAUGAACUGAGUCAAAGGCGGAGGUGUCAAUCAAUCAUUGUGCUUAUCUGCAGAUGAGUUCACAAUAUUUAACUUAUAAUGUAUUCAAACAGAACAGAUGUUCAGCUGAGGUAUUUGAUUGGUUGAGCAUUCAGUGCUUUGCUUUGUAUGUAAAAUAUGUAAAUAGGACAAACUGUAUCUGUGAAUAUAAAGAGCUAAGCUUUAUUAUAUCAUCUGAAAUAAAACUGAGUGAAUUUCA